AUGGGCUUAAACGGCCCGACUGACACGGCAGCGCGCGACGUGUGCCGAUUGCUGAAUGCCGAUGUUAUCAUGUUGACGCGAGGUGGUCCUACUGAUCCAAUCAACCUGACCAUUGCAUCUGGAGUAACAGUCGCGGACGUUUGCAAGACAACGUACGAGGAGAUAAAGAAAGACAAAAAGCACCGAUAUGUGAUUUUCUACAUCAAAGACGAAAGACAGAUAGAUGUCGAAGUCAUCGGACCUCGCGACGCGGCUUACGACGCUUUCCUUGAGGAUUUACAGAAGGGCGGUAGCGGAGAAUGCCGUUAUGGCCUGUUUGACUUUGAAUAUACCCAUCAAUGUCAGGGUACUUCCGAGGCAUCCAAGAAACAGAAAUUGUUCCUGAUGUCGUGGUGUCCCGACACGGCCAAGGUUAAGAAGAAGAUGUUGUACUCGAGUUCCUUCGAUGCUUUGAAAAAGUCGCUGGUUGGUGUGCAAAAGUAUAUACAGGCGACAGACUUGUCGGAGGCAUCCGAGGAGGCUGUCGAGGAGAAACUUCGAGCUACCGACAGGAAUUAGGAGUAUUCCAGCAAAACCCAAAACCACUAUUACGAGAUAAGAAAAAAGAAAAUCAA